AUGGAAAAUAUGCAUCUAAGGCGAGUUAGAACCAUGCCCCGACACAGCCAGUCCCUGACCAUGGCACCCUACUCAUCUGUAAGCCUAGUGGAACAACUGGAAGAUAGAAUCCUCUGCCACGAGAAAACAACCGCUGCCCUUGUGGAGCACGCCUUCAGGAUUAAAGACGACAUUGUCAGCAGUUUGCAGAAAAUGCAAAACAAAGGGGGAGGUGACCGCCUGGCCAGGCUUUUCUUGGAGGAGCACAUCAGAAACAUCACUGCCAUAGUGAAGCAACUCAAUCGGGAUAUUGAGGUACUCCAGGAGCAGAUCCGGGCCCGGGACAAUAUCAGCUAUGGAACUAAUUCUGCCUUAAAGACUCUGGAGAUGCGUCAGCUCUCCGGUUUGGGAGACCUUCGGGGGAGAGUGGCAAGGUGUGACGCCAGCAUAGCCAGACUCUCUGCAGAGCACAAAACGACUUAUGAGGGGCUCCAGCACCUGAACAAAGAACAGCAAGCUGCCAAACUUAUCUUGGAAACAAAAAUCAAAGACGCAGAGGGGCAGAUUUCUCAGCUUUUGAACAGAGUGGACUUGUCGAUAUCAGAGCAAAGCACCAAACUGAAGAUGUCCCACAGAGACAGUAACCACCAGCUGCAGCUUUUGGAUACGAAAUUUAAAGGUACGAUUGAGGAGCUCAGUAAUGAGAUUUUAUCUGCACGGAAUUGGUUGCAACAGGAACAAGAACGGAUAGAAAAAGAACUUUUACAGAAAAUCGAUCAGCUUUCCUUGGUUGUUAAGGAAAACAGUGGAGCCAGUGAAAGGGACAUGGAGAAGAAGCUGAGCCAGAUGUCAGCCAGACUUGACAAAAUAGAAGAGAGUCAGAAGAAGAAUAUGGAGGUGCAGAGAACAAAACAGGAAGAGGAGAAGGUUCAUGGGCGCAUCAGCAAGCUGGAGUUACAGAUGAAUGAGGACAUGAAGGAAAUGAAAGCAGAAGUUGACGCUGGGUUUACAGCCAUCUAUGAAAGUAUAGGAUCCCUCAGGCAAGUUCUUGAAGCCAAGAUGAAGUUGGACAAGGACCAGCUACAGAAGCAAAUCCAACAGAUGCAGAAGCCAGAAGGUCCCAUGUGA